UCACACCUUAAGUGUGCGCCGAGUACCUGAACUCUCAAGCAGAUAUGAUCCGUGGGCAGAUAUUGGCAGCACUGUUGCUGUUGGGGAUUGCUGCGAAGUGCCAGCAGGCGCUGUGCGGCCACGCCCACUCCUACGCCCACCAGACGGGCCCCGUGGUGGGUCCCGCCCAUCCAGUCACUGUGGGACACGCCGGUUACGGGGGAUACGGACACGGACACGGAGGACACAGUGUGGACUACGUGGCAUACCCGAAGUACGAGUUCGAGUACGGGGUGUCUGACGGGCACACAGGGGACCACCACUCCCAGAAGGAGCACCGCGACGGAGACGUGGUGACUGGCGAGUACUCGCUCAAGGAGGCGGACGGCAGCGUGCGCACCGUCAAGUACCACGCCGACAAGUCCGGCUUCCACCCCGUCGUGCACCACUCGCACCACGGGCACGGCGGCAGAUAUAGCACGGACGGUGGCUACGCAGGGUACGCGUACAGCAACGGCGGCUACUGAGUCCAGCUCAGCACAGGACAGCAGGCGGAGGAAGAGCUGAUCCAGCCACGCCAGCUCCUCCCUGCUCCAAGUACUGGGCAAGAAACGCGGCGUAUUUUCUCAUCUUUUAACUGUAAAUAAAUGAUGUCUUCUUCUGCCAACCUUCGUGACAGUUCGCUGUUUUCAUCCCAUUCGGUAACAGAAGACUGCAAUUGCGAGAUGAUGUAUAACGUGUAAAAUGAUUUA